GCGAUUUUCGGAAAUCGACUUUGUUCCGGCGAAUCAGUGCCGGCAGUGCGAUUUUUCGUCGGCCAGCACGAUUGAGAGCGAGAUGUUCGCGACGCGCGUUUACCGGCACCGAAAAUUAGACUCGCCAAAGUGGUAAUGAUGCGCGAGGACAUGUUUUACUCAGGUCGCUAGAAAUUUGCGAUACUUUUACGUAGGCACUGUAUAAAGUUUGAAACAUAUCAAAAUGGGGACGACAAGCACACAGACCAAUUCGGAACACACACCCGACGAGGUUCACUCGACAGGAAUUUCGCUCGACGCAUUCUUCGCCGAGACAGUGAUCCUUCUAACCGGCGCUACUGGUUUCCUAGGAAAAGCCCUCUUGGAGAAGCUACUGCGCGCGUGUCCACGUGUUGCAACGAUUUUCAUCUUGAUCCGUCCAAAAAGAGGUCAAACCAUCGAGGAACGCUACAAGGAGCUCCUAGAGAAUCCAAUUUUCGACAGAAUUCGAUCGGAAUUCCCCGGCGCUUUAAACAAGGUUUAUCCUGUGAAGGGUGAUGUCGGUAUGCCGGAGCUGGGACUCGAGCCGCAAGAUAAGGAUAUGUUAAUACAGAGAGUUAACAUUGUUUUUCACGGCGCGGCCACUGUGCGUUUUAACGAAUCUCUGAAAAUAGCCGUCAAUCUGAACACAAGGGGCACGGAUCGUAUGCUGGAUUUGUGCAGACGCAUGGCAAAUCUUAUCAGCAUCAUACACAUUAGCACGGCCUACAGUAAUGCCGAUCGACGAGAAAUUGAAGAAUCGAUAUACACCACAGAAGUGAAGCCGUACACGGUGAUUGACAUAUGUGAAAAUCUGGACGACGAAACGAUAGAAAUAAUUGAGAAAAGACUUGUCGGCAAGCAUCCGAAUACUUACACGUUGACUAAAGGUUUGGCGGAGCAAAUUGUAUUGUCCAAAGGACAUGAUUUACCGAUCGCGAUCGUACGACCGAGUAUAAUCUGCGCUGCAUAUCGAGAACCAUUUCCAGGUUGGAUAGACAAUACUUGCGGCAUUACAGGUAUAAUGACGGAAAUAAGUCGGGGCACUGUUAGAAGCCUCGUGUGUAACGCAAAUUUAAUAGUAGACGUUGUACCUGUUGACUAUGUUGUCGAUACGCUAAUAUGCGCGUCUUGGCAUAACGUUGUGCAACGCACCGAUACAAUCAACAUUUACAAUUGUACCAGUAGUACGAUACACCCUAUCACAUGGCGUGAAUUCGGAAAUCUUGUGACAAAGCAUGCUAUAGAAUCACCGUCCAAAUAUAUGAUGUGGUAUCCAGAUUUCACGUUUAGGACAAACAAAUUUAUUCAUACUAUCAUAGUAGCUACGUUGCAUUUUUUACCUGCGUUCAUCGUAGAUCUUAUAUUGAGAAUGCGAGGCGACAAGCCUAUAAUGAUGAAAAUCACUAAGCGAUUCGAGAGCGCCGCGAAAACCGGCGAGUUUUUCGCGACAAAUGAGUGGAAAUUUUACGUGGAUAAUAUGACGAAGCUAGUAAAAUUUGUAGAGAUAUCGGGGGAUUGUAAGAAUUUUGACUUAGAUAUCAGAAAUUUGGAUUGGAACACAUACUUGCAUCAGUACAUGUUAGGAAUCAGAAAGUACAUUUUGAAAGACAAUCCAGAUACAUUAAACAAUGCUCGAAAUCGCUUAUCGAGAUUAUAUUGGAUGCACAAAUUAAGCAAAAUAUUCAGUUUAUUAGUUUUAUUUGGAAUGAUCAAAUACGCCGGUCGGUGAUGUCAGAAAUAUUGUGAAAAGAAAUACUCUUGAAAGAGGAUAUAACUCUUUCAAUUUUAUCUGGAAGAUUAUUUUCUGUACUAAUAUAGUAAUUUUAAGUACUAAUAUAGUAAUUAAAUCCAAUAUUAAUGAGAGGGAAGGAAAAGUUUUGAGAAAAAAAUGUGACAAUUUUAAACAAUAUAUCAAGAUAUUUUUCAUAUAUUUCACGUUUUUGCUAAUAAUUAUUGAAUUUAUAAGAUUGUUUCAAUCCUUAAUUUAUAAUUGAUACAUAUUAUCUUACUUUAAGUAAGCAAGUACUCGACAUAUUCAAAACUCGUCGAUAUCGGAAAUGAAAAUUGCACUGACAAAGUAUAUUGUUUUAGAUAAUUGUAGAUGCAAAAUUAAUGGUAUAUUAAGAAAAUUAAGCUACAAAUUCUUCAUUAAAGUUAUGUUUCGUAUUAUUGUGAUUCAAUCCUUCCGCUUCGAGCUUUUUGAUAUUAAAAUAAAUUUAUUAAGGUAAAAUCACUUUCAAGUAUUUAGACUAAUUAUAUCGGGGUCCAUUCGUGUUAUGAUAUACGUGAAACAACUAAACUUUACAUAGUACAAUAUAAAUAAUCAAAGUUUUUUAAUACAUGAUAUUAUACUUGUAAAGACUGACUUUAAUGGAAUAUUCUUUAAAUGAUGAAUGACUAACUGAGGACCUAUACUUUAUUGCCUUAUUAAUCAUUAACAAUAUUAUAACAGAAUUAUUUUUGCCAAUUAAUAUACUUUUAUAAUAAUCUCGCAAUUGGACAAAUAAAUUUUAUUAUUUCAUUUUUAUCUACGGGAGUAAUAAAUUUAUUCCGGUAUACCUAACAAGUUAAUACGAAGAAUAAAGUAGUAAAGAUAUAUUUUUUGUGUAUAUUCGCAUUUUAAUUCUAAUAUCGUGGGAUAUUUUAUACAGGCUAAUUUAGAAAGGGUUAAGCUUUCCUAAUACGUAGUUUUCUAUCUAUGCCACUCUUUUAAGAGCUUUGAUUUCGUAUAUAAUAUAAAUAAUACAGUGUACUAGAUUACCAGACAAAUUCAAAAGUUGGAUGAAAUUAAAAAAAAAUGUUAUCAAUUUAAAUAUUUAUUAAGUAUGACAUCGUAUGUCAAGGAAAAAUGAUAAUAUUGCGAUUUUCAUUAUCAUAACUCAAUGCUUAACGCAUAUCAAGCGUAUUCCUGAAGGUAAGAGUAUAGACAAACUGUUAUUUCGCGCAUAAUAUAAUGUAUAGUGAAUAUUGUACAUUUGGACAAACUAAUAAAAUUGUUGAAAGGUUGCGAUUAGAUAUGCUUUAAUAAAUUAGUAAACUCGUGAUUAGAUAGAACUAUUUAACACAAUUUAUUAAGAGGAACUUUCGAGAAUAAAUACAGAAUAAAUCGGUCUACAUUGGAUGGCGGUCGGGAUAGAACAAUCGAACUUCUUGUUAUCUACGUUACCAUGCAGACACGGCAUGCUUUGUCACAUGGUCGAUUAUAGCGAUGACUAUCGGAACGCCAUAUAAAUAUUUCAUAAACAAUAUGUGUACCUAUAAUCGCGUAAGAGUUGUAAUAAUGUACAUAAUUGAAUAUAAUAAUACAAGCAAUACAUGCUGA